AUGGUCGUCAAAACUGCUGCCCUCGCUACGCUCCUGGCCGUGACUGCGUCCGCUUGGACAGUGCCAUCGAAUCUCCAAACAUUUUAUAACAAUGUCAAGAACGGAGGUUGUAAGUCCUAUGCCGGUGGCAAGAGCAAUCUGAACGAUGGCCAGGGCCACUCCGGUUUCGGCUUCUGCACCGAUACCGCCAAUGUAGUCUACCUCACAGGAAAGAAUUCUCUGGGAGACAUGGACAUCGACUGCGAUGGUGCCUCAAACUGUGGCGGCCUUAGUGGUGACUGGCAAGCCGGAACGUCGUUCGACGACAUUCUAGUUAGCAAAAAAUAUGGGGUCAAGACCCUCGACGCUAGCAUUCACCAAUUCUCCGUCUUGGGAACAUGCAACUUGAACUUAGAGGGCCUCAUUAGUCCUCUUGCCUUAGUAGCUGUUGUUUGCAAUAACCAACUCUUCUACUCAGUCUGGGGAGAUACCAAUGGUUGCGAUGACAAUAACUUCACUGGCGAGGCCUCUAUCUCGCUAGCACAGCUCUGCUUCCCUAACGAAGGCCUAAAUGGCAACAAGGGUCACACAGCACACGAUGUUCUCUACCUCGCCUUCACUGGAUCCGAUGCCGUCGUCGGCCCCAGCAACGCCAACUGGAAGACAAAGUCUGCAUCAGACUUCCAGAACAGUCUGAAGACAUUUGGUGACAGUAUCCUCACGAAGAAAUUCGGCAGCACUGUUCCACCCACGAACCCAGGAAACCCUGGAAGCGGCACUUGUGAAUGGGUUGGUCAUUGCGCCGGCGCAACUUGCAAGACUAACGACGAUUGCGACGGCGACUUGGAGUGCAAGAGUGGGGUAUGCGGUGGAUCCAGCGGAGGCACUACUCCUCCCCCAGCCACCUGCUCUUGGGCUGGUCAUUGCGCUGGUGCUAGCUGCAAAUCCCAUGACGAUUGCUCUGACGAUCUAACAUGCAAGAAUGGCAAAUGCGCUACCUAA